AUGGCUGUCCCUCGAGCAUAUGCCCCCGGCUACAUACAAAAUGGUGCGACUAGCCUUCCAUCGCCUGGAGCGGCGCCUCUCCUACCCAACCAAGGCCGUAUCAUCCAGACAGGGCCCAUAAGGAUUCUCUGCAUUGCAGACGUUCGAGGAAACCUACGAUCACUCAAUGAGCUCGCCAAACAAGCUCAAGCUGACCACAUCAUCCACACUGGUGACUUCGGAUUCUACGAUCACACAUCUCUGGAACGGAUUGUGGAGAAGACUCUGAAGCAUGUAGCACAGUACUCACCACUCAUCUCUGAACCGGUCAAGAAGGCUAUUCAGCAGGGUGGCCCUGGCUCCGUGAAAUCCAGAUUCUCUGCGAGCGAACUGCCCCUUUCCGAACUCCCUCUGCUACUCAGUGGAGAGCUGAAACUCGAUGUUCCAGUCUAUACCGUCUGGGGUGCCUGUGAGGAUGUUCGCGUUCUUGAAAAGUUCAGGUCGUCCGAGUACAAGGUCCACAACCUCCACAUCAUCGACGAAGCCCGCUCCAUGUUGCUGGAAGUAGGUGGUGUAAAGCUCCGGCUUCUCGGUCUCGGUGGCGCCGUGGUAAUGCAUAAACUGUUCGACAAUGGAGAGGGCCGCACUACUAUUGCGGGUGGGCAAGGUACCAUGUGGACGACUCUGCUACAGAUGGGUGAGCUGGUCGACACUGCCCAUCGUGUCUACGAUCCCACCGAGACUCGAGUCUUUAUCACGCACGCCUCUCCCGCCCGAGAAGGUAUACUGAACCAGCUCUCUGUUACCCUGAAGGCGGACUUUUCCGUCUCGGCUGGACUCCACUUCAGGUAUGGAAGCUCUUACAACGAAUUCAGCGUCAAUCCUACGUUGGAUCACUACCGCGGGAAGCUCGCUGCCUCAAAAGCAUCGUUCAACGACGUUUGGGAAACCGUUCGGGGAGAAGUUGAGCCUGCUAUCCAGCAGAACGAGGCCCAGCAAAACCUGCUGAAGAAUGCCCUGCAAAUUGUAGAAAAGAUGCCCACGACAGCUGCUGGUGGAAAUCCAUUUGGAGGCCCAGUGGGCCAGGGUGCCUUGGGCGCAGUUGACGAAAGCGCCUUCAAGAAUAUGUGGAAUUUCAACCUUGCCGAUGCUGCUUUUGGUUAUCUGGUGCUGGAAAUCCAGGAUGGACGAAUCGGAACCGAGAUGCGUGCUCAGGGGUUCAACUUUUCGCAUCGAGGAGCCAAGCAGCAGUCCUCUGCUGCUCCUACAACAGCUGCUGCUGCUCCCCCAGCAAGCGCGACCUCUCCUGCUGUCCCCCCUGCCCAGAUCGCCAAACAAUCGCCACCAGUUCAACAGCCCAAGGCCGCUCCAGCUGUCCCCGUCUCCACGAUACCGAACCGAUCAACUCCACAGCCUACUGCGGGCAGUGCCCCGGCUAACAAGGAAGCCGAAAAGGCUUCGGCUUCGAUCAACGGAUCUGCAAACGCCCCCGAGCCAGCAACCUCACCAAUCCCAAAGACGUCCGCAUCUGAUAUCAUUGGCCUGUUCAUUAUGAAUGUCAACACGGACGAGCAGUGCCGCGAUUUGUUUGACGAGGCUGACAAGUCCAAGAUUCUCAAGAUUGAGAAAUGGGGAGGCUCAAACAAGGUUGUCCAGUUUAGAACGAUUGAGGACCGCGACGGAGCCAUGGGCAGACUACCGGAAGCCGUGAAGACACGAACCACAGAGGAUCGAUCAAAACCUCUGGUCAAGAUCUUCCACCACCGAGAGGGCAAGCCUUUCAAUACUCGUGCGCCGGCGGAACCAGCGAUUCUGAGAGCAACCGGCGAGGAGGACGCGGAGGACGUGGAGGACGAGGUAGCGAGCGAGGCCGUGGAUCUCGGGGACGAGGAGGUCUAA